AUCGCACAGAAUUAGAGCCGGCUUAACAGCCAGAAGACAGCAGGAACCUAAAAAUGGCGAGCAGAUCUAUCAGUGCUGCAGCUGCCAUACGUGCGUGCUAUAGUUUUUAUAAGAAACCUCGUCGCAUCGAAGAAGAGAUUGUAUAUUAUAGGUAAUAAUAAUCGACCAAAUUACUCGCCCGGUAAUACUAAUACGUUCGUGAAUGGCGCCACCGCCGGCGGGACUGGUCGUGUCGCUGCUGCGGGCCGCCGUCGCGUCGGCCGGCGUCGCGAACGCGGGCGGCGUCAAGGCCCUGACGCCCGGCGGGCGCGUGGUGCACCACAACCACGGCAAGUUCACCGCCGGGCCGUGGAAGCCGGCGCACGCGACCUUCUACGGCGGGCGCGACGGGUCCGGCACGACGGCGGGCGCGUGCGGGUACAAGGACACCCGCGCGGAGGGGUACGGCGUGCAGACGGUGGCCGUGAGCCCGGUGCUGUUCGGCGACGGCGCGGCGUGCGGCGGCUGCUACGAGGUGCGGUGCGUGGACAGCCCCGACGGCUGCAAGCAGGCCGGCGGCGCGGCGCCGGCGACGGUGGUGGUGACGGCGACGAACCUGUGCCCGCCCAACUACCAGCAGUCGAGCGACAACGGCGGGUGGUGCAACCCGCCGCGGGAGCAUUUCGACCUGAGCAUGCCGGCGUUCCUGCAGAUCGCGCAGGAGAAGGCCGGCAUCGUGCCGGUGUCGUACCGGCGGGUGGCGUGCGUGAAGCAGGGCGGCAUCCGGUACACCAUCACCGGCAACAGGUACUUCAACAUGGUGACGGUGACCAACGUGGGCGGCGCCGGCGACCUGGCGGCGGUGUCGGUGAAGGGGAGCAAGCGCGUCAAGUGGACGGAGCUGAAGCGCAACUGGGGGCAGGUGUGGCAGACCGGGGAGGACCUCACCGGCGAGUCGCUGACGUUCCGGGUGAUGACCAGCGACCACCGCAAGGCCACCUCCUGGCACGUCCUCCCCACGGACUGGCGAUUCGGCGUCACCUACCAGGCCGACAAGAACUUCUAGCCUUGCAUUGGUUCCUCGCUCUCCGCCUGCUGUGUACUGACAUGCAUAUGCAUAUCUCACUCACAUAUUAUAUAUAUAUAU